AGCUAAUGCAAACUGAAUGAACCCAUCCAACAAUAAUGGAAUAUUGCAAAGAAAAAUGAAUAAAUCUCCUCAAAAACAGUGAUGAAACCGCUUGAAAUACGACGAGCGCAUGGUUGAAGUGUAGCUUCAGGAAGAAAACAACUUCAAAACAAGACCUUAUAAAGAACUCCAGAGCACACGUGACGUCACAACACCAACACUCAUGCUGGAUAUGGCAGAAGAUAUGGCAGAAGGAUGCAGAACUCUCACGCUGUGCUGGUGCUUGUGUGUGGUGUCUCCAGUGUACUGGACUGAAGAUGCCUGCACUCAUGACGGCAGCGUCUGGUCAGGUGACUGCGGCCCGCUCUGGACACCGCCUGUGAGUGACCUCUCUGACCUCGCUCUGUGUGAACCAAUGUGGAAGGUUGAAAACCCUGUGGUGUUUCAGGAGGACGUCAAGCCGGAUCCGCAGGCUUUACUGGCAUCACCCCGAGGCCUGAGCGACUCACACGCUCAGCCAUCGACAGCAACAGCCUCCAAACACCCGGCAAACACUGGGGCCAGAGGUGGAAAAGUGCGUCUCUUUCACUUCUUGUUUGAGAUGCUGGAGGACCCGACCAUGGCCCACUGUGUGUCCUGGGUCCCGGCCUCGGCGGGGGUCUUCCGCUUCUCCUCCAGGAACAAGGAUCAGCUGGCUGCGCUGUGGGGUCAGAGGAAGGGCAACAAGAGGCCCAUGACCUACCAGAAGAUGUCGCGAGCCCUGAGGAACUACGCCCGCUCAGGAGAAAUCUUCAAGGUGAAGAAGAAGCUGACCUACAAGUUCAGCGAGAGCACCUUGAUGUUGCUCCACCAGUGUCACCGAGGAGAGUCCUGAUGUUUGUGUCUUGAAACUUUAUAUAUAUAUAUAUUUUUAAGCUUUUCUAUCCUGUGC